UCAGAUUCAAGAUUCAAAGACAGCUGGUUAUCAAGUUUCAAAUGAUUACAAAGGAGAUAACUAUACUGCAUCAGUCAUUUUAGGCAAUUUUGACCCAGUAACGUUCUCAGGGAUGUCUAUAUUUCAUUAUCUUCAACCAGUCACACCAACUGUAGACUUAGGUGCAGAAUUAGCUGUCCAAUUCGGUCCCCAAAUUCCCGAUGGAAUUAUAUCAGCACUUUCUGUGGCUGCACGUUAUACUUCUCCAAACAACUUCAUUUUAAGUGGAACAUUUAGUCCUCAUCAACUUCAUGCCUGUUAUUAUCAAAAAGCAAGCGAUCAACUUCAGUAUGGUGUAGAAGUCGAUACUAAUAUUAAGAUGCGCGAAAGUUAUGCAAAAUUCGGUUAUCAAGUAGAUUUACCCAAAUUGGAUGCAACUUUUAAAGGUUCCAUUAGCUCUGAUUUUGGUAUCACUGGAGUCUAUGAGAAAAAGUUAGCGCCAUUACCGCUUGUUCUUACUUUGAGUGGGCAUAUUGUCCACGGUAGAAAUCCACUUUACAGAUUUGGAAUCGGCUUGACGCUGGGAUAAUUAUAGUAGUUUUUGUUUAAAUCCAAAUAAGAUUAUAAAUAGUCCUUAUACUGGAAUAGCACAUUUUGUUAAUAAAAAUGGAGAAACACUUCGCUGUAGUAUGAUAUUAUCAUUUUUUGUCUACAUAAAAAUGUUCCUUUUGACUAAAAUCUAUGACUAAAACCCAAAGGUAAAAGCCAUGUUAUUAUGUAGUAAUAAACUAAUGGACAUUUUUCAUAGUGAUACAAAAAGUUAAA